UCAUCAUCACCUUGAUUAUGUUUACUUGUGAACACAAUUGUCCUCCGGCACUCGCACUUUAAUUGUAUUAGAUUCUAUUUCUUGGAGACUCCACUUAAAUUGUCCUUCCACCGUUCAUGUAUAAUCCAUAUUGUCGUUUUUGGAGUAUCCAUCCACCGUUCUUGCAAAGUACUUAUUGUCGUUUUCCCAAUAUCUAUUGCAGUUCUAGCUCUCACGUUAUUCUAUCUUCAUUAUCUUUACCUACAUAAUAACAUCUUCUACUAUUUCCUUUCUAAAUCUCAAACACAUCAACAAUAGCAAUACACAAAUAGAAUCAUGAUUCUCUACGGUGUUGACAGCACAACACUCAUCGUGGCACUCUUUAUAAUAACCGCAGUAACUUGGUAUAUUUACCUCUUCUUCUUCAAAUCGAAAUUCCAAAAUUUACCGCCAGGCCCAUCGGGCUUUCCUAUCUUCGGGAACCUUCUAUCUCUACAACCAGAACUCCACACUUACUUCGCCGGGCUGGCCCAAUCUCACGGCCCGAUCUUCAAGCUCUGGCUCGGAAGCAAACUCGGAAUCGUGGUGAGUUCACCUUCCACGGCGCGUGAGGUUCUUAAAGAACACGACACCGUUUUCGCCAACCGCGACGUACCUGCCGCCGGCAGAGCAGCAACUUACGGAGGCUUGGAUAUAGUAUGGAGUCCGUAUGGAGCAGAGUGGAGGAUGCUGAGGAAAAUUUGCGUUGUGAAGAUGCUUAGUAAUACGACUCUUGAUUCCGUUUACGAGCUCCGCCGUGGUGAAGUUCAGAGAACGAUUGGGUAUAUUCAUGAUCAGGUUGGUUCGAAAGUGAAUAUCGGGGAGCAAGUUUUUUUAACUGUGUUGAACGUGAUUACGAACAUGAUGUGGGGUGCGGCGGUGGAAGGGGAAGAGAGGGAGAGUUUAGGGGCGGAAUUCAGGGAGGCGGUGGCGGAGAUGACACAGCUUUUGGGGAAGCCGAAUCUGUCGGACUUUUUCCCCGGGUUGGCUAGAUUUGAUUUGCAAGGUGUGGUGAAAGAGAUGAAUGCUUUGGUUCCUCGUUUUGAUAGGAUAUUCGAGAAGAUGAUUGGUGAACGUAUGAAGAAGAAGAAGGAAGAGGAAGGAAAAGAGAAUGAAAGUAAAGAUUUUCUACAGUUUUUGUUGAAUUUGAAGGAAGAAGGUGAUUCCAAGACUCCAUUCACAAGCACUCAUGUUAAGGCACUUCUCAUGGAUAUGGUAGUGGGUGGAUCAGACACAUCUUCCAACACAAUUGAGUUUGCCAUGGCAGAAAUGAUGAACAAGCCGGAAGUGUUGAGGAAGGUUCAAGAGGAGUUAGAAUCUGUAGUUGGAAAAGAUAAUCUAGUAGAAGAGUCUCAUAUUCAUAAGCUACCCUAUUUACAUGCAGUGAUGAAAGAAACCCUUCGUUUGCACCCAGUGCUUCCGCUUAUGGUCCCUCAUUGUCCAAGUGAAACCACAAACAUUGGAGGCUACACGAUUCCAGAGGGAUCUCGUGUGUUUGUUAACGUUUGGGCUAUUCAUAGAGAUCCUUCUAUUUGGAAGAAUCCAUUGGAAUUUGAUCCCGCAAGGUUCUUGGAUGGGAAGUGGGAUUACAGUGGGAAUGAUUUCAGUUAUUUUCCAUUUGGUUCUGGAAGAAGGAUUUGUGCUGGAAUAGCAAUGGCUGAGAGGACUGUUUUGUACUUUACAGCUACCCUGGUGCACUUGUUUGAUUGGUCAAUACCCCAAGGAGAAAAUUUUGACGUUUCAGAGAAAUUUGGUAUUGUUCUCAAAAAGAAAACGCCUCUGCUUGCUAUUCCAACGCCACGAUUGUCCAACCCAGAUUUUUAUAGAGAGAAUUGAACUAAUUAUAUUAUGCCAGUGAAUGCUACGAAGGUGGAUGGUUGAAAAUGGUUCAAAAAUAUAAGUUGCGUUUUGAGAUGUUAAUAAGCUUCUCUUACGCAGAGCAACAUUAUUAGAGUUUUGAACUAUUUUCAAUUCAAGCAUCAGUCCAUCAAGAAAUCAUCUAGUAUAUGUAUUCUUGUCAGGCAAUCUGGAUUCACUACUCAAUGCCAAUUUUUAUGUAUCAAGUUUUUUUCUUCUUUUUUGUUUUGAAAAUCUGUAUCAAGUAUUUUUCUGAGAGGUCAUUACUUUUCUUUUAAA